AUGGGUUGGGAUGAUGCCGCUAUGGUUGCCUCACUUCUAUUGUUUACUUGCUAUUGCGCCUUCGUAAUGGCCAUCACUUUUCGGAGCAUGGACCGAAAACUCUUCGGCGAAGAGGAUAUCCACGUAACUUUAAUUUUUAUUCAACUUUCCGAAGUCUUUUACGUCCUUACGACGAGCUUCCUCAAAGUCUCGCUAGGUCUCUUCUUCCUAAGGGUCCUUACCAAGAGAUGGCAAAGGCAUCUAUUCCACGUCGUUCUCGUCAUCAGCGCAACAUACGGCCUCUACUACGUUCUGAUCAUCAUCUUUCAUUGCGGCGACCCAACACGCCUCGCAGAUAACCUGCGAUCACCGUCAUCGCCCAACUGCUUGCCAUCUGUUCUUGUUCUCACCUCCGGGUAUCUCUACGGCAUAAUCAACGUAAUCGCUGAUUGGACGUUCGUAUUGGUACCGAUCUCCGUCCUACUGGAUAGUGACCUCGAUAGAAGGAGUAAGAUCAGCGUUAGCAUGGUCAUGGCGCUGGGUGCAGUGGGCAGUGUGAGCUCGAUCCUCAGGAUGGUCUACCUGAAGGGACUGGGCUACAAUGGACCAGGUUUACAUGUCGAUGCCGUCAAAGCAACAAUAUGGGCGACCGCCGAGCCGGGCACAGGCAUAAUCGCAGCCUCAAUCGCCAUCCUUCGCCCGCUCUUCCGCAAAAUCGCUUCGGAUGUUCGGUCAAAGGCGUCUUCUUACUCCAACUCACGCAAAGGGUCCCUACAGCCCGACGACUCUAUUGCGUUGAGGAGCCAAGAUAUGGUUGCGCAGGAGAUGAAGAACAACAAGAAGCACAGCGUGUACAGAGUCAGCGAGGAUCUAGAUCCAUGGAGCCCGACGAUUGUUGCCACGGCGGAUGUGCAAAGGAUGAUUGUAGUGAAGGGGAGGAUGAGCCCAGCCCCAGGAGCACCUCCAACGAGGCACGAUAAUAUGAUAUAA